AGACUAGGUAGUUGUCAUACAACAUGCAAAAUUUUAGAGCCUAUAUGUGUUCGAAAAUCAGUAGAAACCCAAUAGUUACUGUUAUACUUUUCCUGCUUCGAGGCUAAACUCAGCGGCAAACCUUUUGCGCGCAGACAUGGUUGCGACUGCUCGUCCAAUAGGCGAUAUCGAAAAGGAAAAAGGCCGUAAAAUUAACGAAUAACAAUAAAACAAACGAAUAUAAAAAUGCUUUUAGGUACAUCUAUCUUUCUGUGUACAGUGAAGUUAUAUCAGUGAAAUAGUAAUGCGUCGGCGACUAUCAGUGUCUGUUGUGUGCGCGUAACAUGAACGCGCUCCUAAACAGUCGAAGGGUAAUUGUGACAUAUGUGUUAGUGACACUUACUCUUACACCAUUCACCCACAGCCUUAGAAUCAACAAAAUCAAAGAUGAAAACAUACACGCCAAAACAAAGGUGCAGUUAUCACCAUUGAACAUCAAUGGCUUUUUAAACGACGUCAUUCGGAUAUCAGCACCCGUCAUCAAUGAAGAAGCCUUGUACUACCUUCACAGACCAAAUGGUGACGUCAUCAAACUAGACAUAAAGUCCCCAAAAUUACGAGAUAUGAAAUUGGAAAGAGAUGUUAAUCCCAUCGUUGUACGUUAUGUUAAUAAUGUGAAGGCGACAAUUACUCAAAAUGAUAAUUAUGAUGUUUUUGCUGUGUACAGCAAUUUGCCACCGAACUUUGUGUUCGAUAGAAAAGCGUCAGAAAUGGAGCCGAAUGAGUUCAUGAUUGGCCCCUUAUGUAGUGAGGACCACGGGAACUGGGUACUGAGUGUGUAUACCAAAGACUUAAAUGGGGAUUGGAUUGAGAUGUUUCAAGUUAUAAGUGUUACAAUUACUGAAUACGUGCCAGUAAUUCCCGCCAAACCAGUUUUAAGUAUAGGCGAUACUUUGAACCUAAGCAUAGCGUUUCCAAUACCUUCUUUACAAACUUGUGAAUUAGUAGUACCACGGUCAACAUUUGACAGGUUUUACGACAGAAAUAAGAUAGAAUUCAUUACCUGUGGGUUUUCUGUGCCCAACCUAACGAGGUACGAUGCUGGAACGUGGACUAUAAUCGCAGUCGGCAACAUCGUUUACGAAGGGGAAGCUCGUUUGGAAAUAAACAAAGAAAACAUUACGGUAUUUUGAUUAAUUUGAUAUUGUACGAAACAAUUUAAUGUUACAUUAUUAAUAUAAUUUAACUUGAUUGAUAAUUCAAAAUGCAAUAAAUACACGCUAGUCCCGACCCGGAAUAAAAGAAGGAACGGGGCAGUUCUUGAUCAGUAAGAGUUUAACGCUCCAUCUUGCCCCACCCGAGGCGGGAGAAGUCGCU